AAUGAAAAAUCAUCAACAUUGCUUAAGAAUUGUAUAAAAAUAAUCACUUAUUCAAAAUGUCGUGUAGCACCGUUUCAGUCUUGGCCCCAAACGGCCGUCGACAGACCGUCAAAUGUACCGCAAACACGACCAUAAUGCAGAUUAUUGAAGAAGUUUGUCGCAAACAGGGUUUCAAGCCGGAGGAUUACGAUAUUAAGCACCACAACAAAGUGCUUGACACAACUAUUUCGUUCCGUUUUUCUGGUUUGCCAAAUAACGCUCAGUUAGAAUUAGCAACAGCAACCAAAGCACGCACGGACUCGGAAGUAAUUCUAGCCAUAAAUUCUGAAAGUGGCGACCGAGUCAUGGGCAACUUCCAACCAGAUGACACUUUAUGGAGUGUACUAACUAAAUUGUGCCCCAGUAUUAAACCUGAUGACAAUCCUGUUUUGGUUUAUAUGCGAAAUGAAAUUUACGGCGACAAUUUGCAAAAAGCCACUUUGCGAAGCUUGGGCCUAAGAGGUGGUAGGGCGAUGAUGCGGUUAAUGUAUCGAAGGCCUGACGAACUAAAAGUCCAAGCAAAUGUCUCUGCUCCUCUGCCUACGAAACCGGUAGAGGAGAAGCCCUUUCAUCGCACUUUAAAGACUGAAGCUGAAUAUUCUAAAACUACCGAUGUGAAGCCUUUACAAAAGAAAACUGAGGUUGAUUUAUUGAAACUAGCACGGGAAAAACGAAAAUUGAGCAGCCCUUCCAAAACUCCGGAAACGGAAACGCAUUCGCCUAAAACUAAACCCAAAGUUGAGUCUGACGACGAAAAAAUGGAUGUUGAUUUGCCAGAAAACAUCGCAAAUUACCCAAAAGAGCCAGUUACCAACCCAUCAUCUAGUCAGCUUGAGGACGAUUUUGUUUUUUUGGGCGAGCGCAAGGCAAUGUUAUUUUCUCUCGAAUCGGCGCGUUCUUUACCAGCUGAAGACCUACCAGACGAUUUUUUUGAGCUCACAAUUGAUGAUGCUAAGAAAAUUCUGGGCGAUAUUAGAAGAAAGCGAAACGAAAUGGACAACGCUAAUCUCAUGACCUCUGCAAUGCGCAAUUUAGAAGAAUCAAAGAAGCAAUUACGCCAACUGCGUAAAUAUAAACAGUCAGUAAUACGCGUCCAGUUCCCAGACAGGUCCAUCCUUCAAGGGAGCUUCAAGCCCAGCGAAACUGUUAAAGAUAUUAAAGAUUUCGUCACUUCUUUCCUAGAAGAUCCAAACAGUGAUUUUCAUCUUUAUACAACGCCGCCUAAAAAUGUUCUCUCGGACGAAUCAAAACUAGUGGAAAUUGGUUGCGUGCCGGGGGCUUUGUUGCAUUUAGGAGCAAAUGGUGAUGGGAGUUCUGUGUGCUUGAAGGCGGAAUUGAGGGAUAAAUUUACAACAAACUCAAAAGCAAGUUUAGCGGCGUCACAGUUGCGGCAAAAGGGAACAAGACCCGAAUCUCCGAGUGAAGAAAUGGGCCAGGAUGAGUCUAUGGAUACACUGACUGAAGCAAAUGCUGCUGGGCCAAGUACACAACCAACCAGUUACGAGAGGAAAGUAAUAAAAUCAACGGAAAAAGUCCCUAAGUGGUUUAGACCAUCAAAGUGAUUUAUUAGUGUUAAGUUUAUAUGAGUUGGUACUUAUAUUAAAUAAAAGCACUUCAGCAUCUAA